CAGCUGUUUUUUUUCUCCCCUUGAUUUGAAGACUCAUACUCAUGGCAGAAAACAGGGAGGCGGAGGACAACAUGUUGCACUGAAGUUAGUCACGCACUCUGGACAAGUAGGGGAGCAUUUGUUUUUACUAGAAGAGCGAAGUUUGAGGAGGUAAUGUCAUGUUAUUUUCCAGUUGCAGCAGCAGGAGUAGUAGCUUCAGGCCACACGAGUUGUGUUGUUAAACUUGAACCUAGCACAGUCCUGCUAGCGGGGCUUCAGCUCAAAGCUGUGGAAAACCAUGAGGACGGAGGAGCAGCUCUCCAGGAAGCAACAGGAGAAGCAGGAGAAGUCUCUGUGUGAUUGAAGCGUCUCCUUGAAUGGAGCAGAGGUGCUUUGAUCCAGUCUGAUCCAUCCUGCAGGAGGUGUUGCUGUAGCCGUUAGGAGGCAACGGUCCGACCGGUGGAGAGGGACCCGGCGGAGGGACUCCAGGUUGCCGAGCAACACAGACUAGACCAGCUUGGUGAUCCAUAUGAGGCGACCUGGUGAGACUAUGGUUCCGAAAGGCCUGCUGCUGCUGCUGUGGGCCGCCAACAAAGGAAAUACCAGCUGCUUUUUUCAUUUCACAACCGCAGUGUGUGGAUACAAACACUGAGAGAGUGAGACAGUCACUAUUUUCUUCAUUUCACUGCUGCAGAGUGGAAACAACCGUUGAGAGAGUCACUAUUGUAAGGCAGGCUUCUCGCUGCCUUAACUAUAUAUAAACUUACUUGUUACUUUAUUAAACUACUAUAGGGCUGCUGUGGGUAAAGCAAGAGCUUCGUCUGUGCAACAGGCUCCACUUUAAUGACUCAACUCAAGCCUAUAGGAUAAUUAAACACCCAUUAUCCAAAAAGGUGGCACAUCACUUCUAACUUCAUAUCACUCCGCCAAUCUUAAUCAUCAAUCACCUUAUACAAGCACGUGAAGGUGAGUGAUGGUUAAAUAGUUCCAGAUCUGAUUUAAGGAGCAGAUUAGGGCCACAUCGAGGAAAAACAAAAUAUCUGAGAUUUCAAGAAUAAAGUCAUAUUACGAGAAUAAAGUGAUGGGUUUACCAGAAAAAAAAGUCUUAUGAGAAUAAAGUCAUAAUAUUAUAAAGUAGUAAUUUAACGUGUUAUUUUCUUUUUUUCCUCUGGUAAAGUUAUGACUUUUUUCUCUUAACGUUAUGACUUUUUUCUUCUAAUAUUACGACUUAUUUUUCUCUAACUUAAGGAGCAGAAUACAAUAUGUAUACUGUAUAAAAUAAGUCUUUACAAAAAUAAAUCUAAUCUUACAUUAUAAGUGAAAGUUGACAAAUUAGCUCACACAUUAGAACACAUACACCCUUCUGUUGUGAAGUGUACUCUCCAGGUGUACUGUGAGUAGUGCAGUCUGGGUGGAUGUGUGAGGAUGGUGGAGAGCCGCAGCUGUGUCCAGAGAGAGGGGGUCUACCGCUGGUUCUCGUCCCUCGCUUCAGCCCAGAGAGCAGAGUUCCUCUGCGGCCUCCUGGACCUCUGCGUCCCCAUCGAGCUGCGCUUCCUCGGCUCCUGCCUGGAGGACUUGGCCCGCAAGGACUACCACUCGCUGCGGGAUGCGGAGAUCAGAGCCAACAACCCGGCCGACCUGUCGGGCCUCACCAACAUCACGGACGAGGUGGUGCGCAGCAAGCUGCUGGUGUCUCUGGCCCUGCUCGGCUCGGACAACAGGGAGGCUGCGGGCGUCCUGUACCGGACCCUGACUCACAUAGACACAGUGAUCAAUAACUACGGGCUGGCGCUGAACGACGGGAGGACCGAGGAGCAGUUCCUGCUGCUGUUCACCAUGGCCUCUCACCACCCGGCCUUCAGCUUCCACCAGAAGCAGGUGCUGAGGCAGCAGCUCGGACACAUCCAGGACAUCCUGCAGGUGAGCCGGGGAGGAGGAGGAGGAGGAGGAGGAGAGGCUCAAGCAGCAGGCCCUGGCGGGGAUCGAGCUGCCGCGUGUCACUCUCAGCCACAUCACCACUAUCACCAUCAGACUGUGUCCCUGCCGCUGGCCUCAUUGUCCCCUGCUGCCUGCUCCCUGCCCGAUGCCAGCGCUGCCUACCUGCCUCUGUCUGCCUGCCAGCCCUGCCACACACACUGCACAUGCUGGCACAAGAGUCAGACCAGAGAAGCCGGCACACUCUCAGGGCUGGGCUCAGGGGUCACCAUGGGAAAACGAGACCAAGCGGUCAGCCAGGAACUUACCCCUCCUCACCCGGACCUCCCUCCUCCUUCUCCUAAAACUCCCCCACCACCACCACCACCACCUCCUCAUCUUCCUCCUCUCCCUGCUGGGCAGGGCCAGGAUGCAGCUGCACCAACCAAGAACCACCAGGGGAAAGCAGGAAAAGUGGUGAUUGAGAAAGUGGUGCUGAGAGGAGUGACGCACACAUCUGAAGACUCUAGUGAAUAUGUGUUCGAGGCCAGCUGGUCAGACGGUUUUGUGUCAUCCGUUGUCAGAAGUCAGCAGGAGGUGACGGAGCUGCGGACCCAGCUGUCUCAAGCAUUUCCUGAUGAUGGAGUGGAGAAAUUCCUCCCUCAGUCCAUAGAGCUUGACCCCAGGUGUCUGACAGCGCUGCCCUGCCAUGUCCUCCAGCACCACAGCAUCCAGCUGUUCUUCACCUCCGCCAGACCUCUCUCACCCAACUGUCCUGCCCCCCUCCCCUUCCCCCUCCCUCCAUUAUCCUCCUCCCUUCCUACUGCUCCUGUAGCCCCGACCUGCCCGUUCACCUCCAGCUCUAAUCUUGGCUGUAUGGUUCAGUACAGAGGAGGUAACAGGGCGGUAUACAGAGUGGCCAGCGUCCAGCCCGUCGUCAGCACCCACAGCUCUGUCUUGACUCGCCCCUCUCCUCACCUCUCCUCCCUCCCUCCUCCUCUUCCUCCCUCCAUUCCUCCUCACCAGCACUCCCCCCAGCUGUCCUCCCUCCCUCCCCAUGUGUCAGCCCUGUCCACCCAGUGCCCCUUGGCUGGUGGAGGUGAUCCCUCCUCCCAGCAACAUCCCAGUCAGUCACACUCGUACUCUCAGCAGCACCACCUUCAUCCACAAACCGGGAGUCAGUGCGGUUCACAGCCUCAGUCCCUGCACCUGUCCCAUUCCCAGCCAACGUCCCACUCACAUUGCCAGUCCCUUUCAUACCCCCAGUCCCACUCCCUGUCCCGUUCCCAGUCCCAUACACAGGUACCAUCCCAGUCCCAGCCCAACACUGCAGAGCAGAACGGCAUCCUGGACUGGCUGCGCAGGCUUCGGCUCCAUAAGUAUUACCCUGUCUUCAAACAGCUCACCAUGGAGGAGUUUUUAGCGCUGACAGAGGAAGACCUGAACAAAUACGACCUGACCCAAGGAGCAAAGAAGAAACUCAAGACUCAACUAGAGCUACAAAAAACUCAACUAGAGAUACAAAAGGAGAUGAAGAUGGAGAAGCGGCCCUGCAGCGGCAUCGCCAGGGUGACGCCUUCCAGUCACAUGGGACCUUCAAUACAUCCCACCUCCACUGCAGGGGAGCUGCGAGUGGAGGUGGACGCCGUAUCGCACCAUCACCCCGUCUCAACAGACAGCAGCUCCUCCUCGGGCUACUCCAGCUCCUCCUGCUCCCCCCGAACACCGCUCUGCUGUGACUCCACCUUCGACAGGACAAGAGACAUUCACAGGCGUGUGUCGGGUUCAGAUGCAGCAGGAGGGGGUCCAGAGAAGGACCGGUCCUGUCUCUUCAUCCUGAAUUCCAGCGGCCCCGCAGGCUCCAGUCGCCCCACAGCCCAGGUCCUACCUGUCCAAACUGACCCAGCUCCUCCUCACUCUCCCUCCUGCUCCCACCUCCCCCUCGGCAUCCCGCAGCCUCCUUACCACCCGCAGGCCAGUUACCCCCAGACCCUGCUCUCCCCAGUCUCAAACCCAGCACGCAUCCUGAGUUCCCCUCGUAAGCCCCGGCCACCUCCGCUGUGCACAGAGGACAGGACUAAGCCGCUGGGCUCGGGCCUGCCUGUAGCUGGCGCCGGCUACGCGGCGGGUCUCACUGUGGGGAUGGGGUUGAGGCUAGAGAACCUGUUCCCCGGGCUGAACAUGGACGGCUCCUCCACACUCCAGGACUCGUUGGUUUGCCGUGGCCUGGCGGGAGGGGCUGUGGGUCUAAUGGUAGAAACCAGUUCUGCUCUGACCUCCACCUCCAACAGCCUUCACCACGUCUCCCACCCACCUCUGCACUUCCACCUCUCGUCCUCUUCAUCCCCUUCUCCGUCUGGAUACUACUCCUACCCGCCUACUUCUUUUUCCUCUUCCUGUCCCUCCACAAAGUCUGGCAGCUCCAGUAGUGGCGGUGGCUUUGUUCCCAUGGCAACCACAAGCAGUGUUCCCGUGGCUGCGGUGCCCGGCAACACUUACUACCCGGCCCAGCCUCCUUCUAGCCCCUCCCCUUCCCCCUCUCCUGCCUCUUCGUUGGAUCAAAGUUCAGGUCAUGCUCCCUCCAUGUGUGUCUGCAGCUCCUGCGGUUGUCGGGGCAACUGUGGCGCCUACGGGGCGCUGCCUGGAUACGCAGCAGCCGGUUACCUGCAGCCGUUCCCGGCCGGCCCCUCGCUCUUCACCCUGGGACCUCUGCUUCACCUCAGCCCCCUUAUAGCCUCGUCCAGCCCUGCCGGCACCGGGGCCACGCCCUUCUCCUACCCGAUGAUGGUGCCACCGCCCCUCUACCGCCACAGCCCCGUGUCACAUGACCAGCAGCAAGCUUUUGCCUUCUACCAGCCCCAUGGCAUUGUGGGAAAUGUAAGCCAGAAGCGGGCAGCAGGGAAUGUGUCGUGUUAUAACUGCGGUGCCAACGGACACAGAGCAGAGGAGUGCAAACAGCCGGCCAUGGAUUCAGCACAGCAAGGGACAUUUCGACUGAAGUACACUCCUCACUCUGACAGUAAGGACUCAGGGGACUAACCAGCAGAUACACCAGUGGAUCUGAACACAGCUGUACCUCAUGUUCCUGCUGAAGCUAGUCAGCAGCAGCAGACAGACGGACAGACAACCUGCCUCUGGGUACAACGAGGCAACGGCAGUCUGUUCAAAGACUGCUGAGCUGAAAGCCCAAACCCAUCGUAUCUUUUGUAGUUCUUUUACAGCAGCUUACGGAGAGAUGAGAGGACGGAACAGAAACAGGUUGGUGAGAAGAGAGGAGCGCUUGUCGCAGGCUGUGUCUUCAAAUUGGCUUUCAUCCUUCUGCAGUUCUCCACAAAUGAAAAGCUGGAGUUCUGUAAACUCUGCCUUGCUUCAUCUCAGAGACGUAGCUGGAACUUAGCUAUGGUGCAGCAGUACAAACAGAGAGACUCAAAAUCUGCUUCCCAGCUAAUGACUCAGCAUUUAUAGUCUUCUAGAUGGUUCCCAAACCAAAGACACAACUCUCCAGUAUCCUAAUAACCUCCUGGGCACUAAGUCAAGUGGGUACAAGUGUUAUCUUCCCUUUGACUGAAUCUGCUGGUAUAACGCUUCUUAUACUAUUCAAAGCCUUGAGACUUUAAAAUAUCAGUUCUUUAGUACAGUAUGUGUCGUGAUCAGGUUCGGCUCACUGCUGUCCAUAGAUGGCAUGUGAUGUACAGUUACAAGAGCGGUGUUCCAGUUAAUGAUACAUACUUUUUUGCAGCUAGAAAUCAACAAACUUUCUUUGUUUUAUAACAUCAGGAAAUUCAAUACGCGCUGAGCAAAGACAAUCAAAAGCCGACUUUAGGACGCAACUUCCAAUCAAAGUUCACAAAGAGAAUUUUAACAACCUGCAUCCACAAUUUCCAGUUCCAUACUCAAGUGUUUGGUAACACUUUAUUACACAGCUGUGUUGAAUACUUGCUAUGUAUAACAGAGGCGGACUGUUUUUGUGUCAAAAUAUUGAUUUCUUAAGUAAGUAGCCGUGUAAUAAGCGGAAUAAUGUAGUAUACAUAUCGACUUUGCAAACACACUACAUACUCGGAACUUGCUUAAAAUGAGUGUCUUGCUCAUCCUCCUUGAAGAGGAGCAAAAAAGAGUCACUUUAAAGGUACCCUGUGGUAUUUUUUACCACUUGUAGCACUAUGGAAUAAUGUAUUGAUGAGCGGUGCCGUGGUAAACAUGGAUGUAAACAGUGCAGGAUUUAAAACAUAGGAUUACAGAGUAAGGAUACACACAAUGCAUUAUGGUGAGAAACACUUAAUGUAAACCUAACUAUUGUUUGUUUACAAGAAAACUCAACAUGGCACAUUUUAAAGGUCCAGGGUGUAGGAUUUAGUAGAAGCUAUUAGCAGAAAUGGAAUAUAAUAUUCAGAACUAUGUUUUCAUUAGUGUAUGAGCUCUUCAUAUCUACAUAGGGAGCGGGUCCUCUUCAUGGAGUCCGCCAUAUUGCACCGCCAUGUAUCUACAGUAAACCUGAAUGGACAAACCAAACACUAGUUUUAGAGAGAGCCUUUCAUGUUUUUACAUUACCUGAAGGCCACUGUAGGUUGUUCUACAUGCUUGGAAGGUAUGGAGGACAGAACCUGCCAAAAUCAAAAAUAAUCAAAAAAUAAAUAAAUAAAUGUCAUUAAAUGUAGCAAAAAUAAUAUUAAGAAUAAAUGUAGCCAUUAAUUAAUUGAUAAAACGUGACAUAAAUUGAUAUUUCUGUUUUAAUUUGCUUUUUUAUUUAUUUAAUUUUGAAUUAAUUCCCUUAAUUAUUUACUGUUCUGUUUAAUUGUCCAGUUUAUUUAUUUUUAUUUAUUUUUAUGAAUUUUUAAAUAAAAAUAAUUUAAAAAUUGAUGAAUUAAAAAAUUAAUCAAAAUAAAUAUAAAUAAUACAUAAAUAAAUAAAAGGGGAAAUUAAACAGGACAUGUUAUCUAUAAGGGAAUCAAUACAAUGAUAAAUAAAUAGAUAUGUCACAUUUUAUCAAUUAAUUAAUGACUACAUUGACAAGAAAUCACUUUCUGCCACUGUGGCAGACAAGUAUUUGUUUUUGUCUGCCACUCAGAAAAUGUA